UAAUGAAAAAAAAAGAAUAAUUGUAUAAAUUUAUUUUAUAAUGAAAACCUUCCAAAGUGGUGGUGGAUUAUAUGAUGAGUUAAAUGGAUGUAAGACAGGAAAAUGGAUUGAAUUAGGUGAUUAGUUCUUAGAGUAAUAUAUCCUUAUUAUUAAUUAAUAAGAUUGAGUUCAAUUACUUAAAUAGGUGAAUACAGACAGGGUCUCAAAAUUGAUAAAUGGGAGAUUUAUAAAAAAGAUUAUUCUAAAAGGAUAAAUCAUAAAGUGUAUAAAAUAAAUAUAUUUUAAGUAGUGGUGGUGGAACAUUUAAUGAGUAAGGUUAGAAAACUGGUUAUUGGAUUUAAUUGGAUGAAAAAUUCUAGUAUUAGUUAACUAUUAUUAAAUAAUUUAGCUAUACAAAAAAUAUGGUUUAAGGUGAAUAUAUCGAUGGAAGAAAGAUUGGGAAAUGGCAUGAGACAGCCAUAGAUCAUAGCAAAUUCUUUUACUCUUUUAAUUAAAUGUUAAUUUCUAAUUUAAUAGGAAAUCCAGCGAUUUAAAUUUAUAUAAUGAUUGAAGAAGUGAACCAAAGAGUAAUAAUUAACUUAAUUCAAUCUUUAACAUCGUAUAUAAAUUUAUAUAUUUCUUAUUAUUCAAUAAUAAAAUUUUCAUGUUGUUAUUUAUGUAACUCUGUGAUUGUUUUUUUUAAAUGA